AUGGCCGACAAGGAGACCACCAUCUACAUCCUGGACCUUGGGUCAUCGAUGGCAGAUUGCCACAAUGGUAGAACAGAGUCCGACCUGGAUUGGUCGAUGCGCUGGGUCUGGGACAAGAUAUCUACCACAGCAGCCGCAUCCAGGAAGACGUGGCACGUUGGCGUCAUCGGCGUCAGAACAGAUGAGACCAAGAACGCCAUGGAGGAUCAGGACGGCUACGAGCACAUCUCCGUUCUUCAGGACCUCGAGCCAAUGGACCUGCCCAAGAUGAGGAACCUCCGGGACUCGAUUAAGCCGAGCAACACGCUUGAGGGCGAUUGCAUUUCGGCCCUCAUCCCGGCCAUUGACAUGAUCGACACCGUCGCGCCCCAGAGACUCAAGUUCAACCGGAAGAUCUUCAUGGUCACGUCAGGAGAGGCCCCGCUUGAUCUCGACCCGGAUGAUAUUCAGAGCAUAGCUGACAAGCUGAAGUCAAAUAAUAUUGCUUUGACGAUCCUGGGCAUUGACUUUGAUGAUGCUGAAUUCGGCUUUAAGGAAGAAAACAAGACAGAGGUCAAAGCCGCAAACGAGGCCCUUCUUCGGAGUCUGACCGAGGCCUGCGGUGAGGAUCUCGGCACCUUCGGCACCAUAGCGGAAGCCAUCGAUGAGCUUGACACGCCGAGAUUGAAGGCCACAAAGCCUUACAAGCCCUAUGACGGACCUCUGACCCUUGGUGAUCCUGAAGUAGACCCAAGAGCCAUGCGGAUCAAUGUUGAGAGAUAUUUCAAGACAAAGAAAGCCAACCCUCCAACAGCCAGCAAUGUCGUAGUGCGGACGGAUCACGGCACUCAAUCUACCUCAACUCUGGAGGACGGCGAUGAGAUGCAGGGUGUAGAGUACGGCGGUGGUGAAUUUGCUGCUGUCAAGAAUGCCCGCACCUACAAGGUCAAUGACCCGGACGCACCCGGUGGCAAGCGGGACGUUGAAUUCGAUUCGUUAGCCAAGGGUUAUGAAUACGGCAGGACUGCUGUACACAUCAGCGAGGCUGAAUUCAACAUCACCAAGCUCGAGACGACGAAGGGCUUCUCCAUCAUUGGCUUCAUCCAACAGGACAAGUACGAGCCAUUCCUGAAUUUUGGCGAGAGCUGCUUCACAGUAGCCCAAAAGAACAGCACCGCAGACAGCAUGAAGCUGUCGUCCUUGAUUCACUCCCUCCACGAGCUUGAGUCGUAUGCCCUAGCUCGGCUGGUGGUAAAAGAUGGAAAGGAUCCAAUCCUGGUCCUCCUGGCGCCCCAUAUCGAUCCAGAUUUCGAAUGCCUCUACGACGUGCCACUGCCCUUUGCGGAGGAUGUUCGGCAUUACCCGUUUCCUCCGCUAGACAAGGUCAUAACUGUGAACAACAAGACUUUGACGAAGCAUCGAUACCUGCCAUCUCAAGAUCUGGAGGAGACAAUGAGUGAAUAUGUCGAUGCCAUGGAUAUCUCAACUUACGCCCUGGAUGACGAGGGUGAGCGAACGUUUGAGUAUGCGGCGGUAGACGAUACCUACAGUCCAUCAUUGCAUCGCAUCAACCAAGUCGUCCGCCACCGUGCCAUUCAUCCCGACAAGCCAGUGCCCCCAAUCCCUCAUAUCCUGCUGAAGUACGCUCAGCCUGACCGCGACUUGGUCGAAGCAGCCAAAACGAGGUUGGAUGAUCUCAUUGAAACGGCAGAAGUGAAGAAAGUUCCACCUAAAGCUACGGGCAAGAAGAGACAGCACGAAAGAGCCCGUCCCAUCUCCGGACUGGAUGUUGAUGCUCUGCUCAAGAUGCCCGACAACAAGCGCACGAAGAUUGACCCAGACAACGCCAUCCCGUCGUUCAAGCAGAUGAUGAGCAAUGCCAAUGACGUGUCGGACUUUUCCGAGGCUGCUAAGCAGCUGGGACAGAUUGUGCGUCAGCUCGUGACCGACAGCUUCGGCGACAGAAACUUUGACCGCGUCAUUGAGAACCUGGGCGUUUUCCGUGAAUUCAUGAUCAACUAUGAAGAGCCCAUGUUGUAUAACGAUUUCAUGGGAGACUUCAAGAAGAGGCUUCUUUCCGGCGAGCUGGGCGGCGAUAGACGAGAGUUGUGGUGGCAGCUGAAGGGUGCCAGGAUCGGCCUCAUCGACAAAGAGGCAUCUGAAGAGUCCAAGAUCACUCGGGAAGAGGCUGCCGAGUUCUGGAAGAAGUAA